UUUUGCUUAAAAUUCAGGGCUUCAGUGAACGUCUUGUUACUGGGAGUCGUCCUGGAAUUGGUCUCAUGUUUAAGCAGACACUAGAUGUGCUUCUAAGGGUUCUAAUUGCAUUUCCAAAGGUCAAGCCUUUACGGAGUAAGGUCACAUCAUUCAUACACCGUAUGGUUGAUACCCUUGGAUCCUCUGUGUUCCCUUAUCUUCCCAAGGCUUUGGAACAGCUACUUGCUGACAGUGAGCCUAAGGAAACGGUUGGUCUCCUGGUAUUACUCAAUCAGCUUAUCUGCAAGUUCAACAGCGCUCUCCGUGAAAUACUGGAAGAAGUAUAUCCCGUGGUUGCUGAGAGGAUUUUCGAUGUAAUCCCAAAAGAUGUUAAUGAGGCUGAAUCUGCUAAUGAGGAAAUUAGAGAACGGAUAGAGCUUCAAAGGACGCUGUAUACAUUUCUUCAUGUGAUAGCCACACACGAUCUUUCUUCUGUAUUUCUUACGCCCAAAAGUGGGGCUUACCUAGACCGUAUGAUGCAGCUGCUUUUGACCUCUUCCUGUAAUCACAAGGAUAUUACAGUACGUAAGACUUGCGUACAGAUAUUUAUCAAGCUAAUUAAAGAUUGGUGCGCCAAACCGUAUAGCGAGGAGAAGGUUCCAGGUUUUCAGAAUUUCAUGAUCGAAACUUUUGCAACAAACUGCUGUUUGUACAGUGUACUAAAUAAAUCCUUCGAUUUCAGGGAUGCAACUACUCACGCCUUGUUUGGGGAAAUCAUCACGGCUCAGAAAGUGAUGUAUGAAAACUAUGGUAAUGCGUUUCUCAUGCAUCUGAUGUCGAAAAGUUUUCCAGAAGCACAUAUCCCACAAGAUUUGGCGGAGCAGUAUUGCCAAAAGUUGCAGGGUAAUGAUAUCCGGGGCCUCAAGUCAUUCUACCAGUCCCUUAUAGAAAAUCUCCGGGUUCAACAAAACGGGGGUCACGUUUUCAGAUAGCAUUCGAAAUACAGCUAGUUUUAUAGAGAGAAAGGUCUCUCAGGUCGAUUCUGCUACGAGCUUAAAAGGUUUCUCCAGAUGUAAAUAGUAUUUGCCAAAUGUCUACUUGAGAGGGCAACAAAAGAUGUAAUCCUUACCAGUAAUCAUGUUCUUGAUUCAAUCUCCGAAGUAGUAGUGUUUACUCGAGAGCCCAAGUCCCUUCCAGUGCAGAUUUGCUGUUUAUUUCGUUUUGCGCCUUUGUUGUGAGAUUGUGUCUAUAAAAAAAAAAAAAAAAGGAGCUGGUCUUAUCUCCAAGUUUUGAUGAUGAAUGUUAUAUAACUUUCUUCUGCAUUCCAUGUUUUCUUGUUUUUUUUUGUCCAUGAAAAAUACUUAGAAAAACUAUGAGAGGGAUAUUAUACUUAGACA